AUGUCUGCCGACACAUCGGAUCUGACCAAGGUUGACUCAGCCGUUUCCGGUCUUUCCUCCUCUCCUACAGACACCAAACCCGCAGCAAAGGGUGCACGGAAGAGCAGUAGUUAUCCAGGUGUUUUCAACAUUAAUGAUCUUGAGAAGGAGGGUACGAAGAUAGAAAUUGCUCCUGAGACACAAAAGCUGAACUGGAAGCUCAAUGCUUCGGUCAACGAGGUGGACGAUCCAACUGUACUGAAGAAGCAUCUCACAACACCUCCACUCAAGAAGAUCGACCUUCACUUCCCACUAGGCCUCGAGGUAUCAGCAAGAAACCUGAAGGGAGUCACAAUCAAGGAUGCGCUGGACGCGAUACACAAGCAAUUCAAAAAGAAGGCCGACGACGAGCUCGACUUGCCAUAUCUCAAGGGGUUCGAAUGGGAUCCUGAGGAGUCAUGGACACGACUGAAGGUUCAUCAAGCCAGGGAGGGCGCACCAGUCAGCAGUAAGAAAUCGAAGAAGAAGGGCGGCGAUGAGUAG